AAAAUAAAACAAUGAAGUCAAAUGGAACCGAAAAGAAUACAAAUCCAAGCCAAAUGAGACGCUGGGAGUAUUAAAUAACUAACAAUUCAGAAACCGUUACAUCAGUCUGCAAGUGCAACUUUGAGCUUUGAAUUCGCAAAUGCACCACUACCGAAUUCAUCUUUUUCCGUUUCGACUUCAACAUCUGUGCAGCCAACUCGAUCUCUAUCAAAUUUUCAAGCUUGAAACUUUUUACCAGCCCCACUUUUUGUGCCAGUUGACAACUGAAACGGAGAAAAAGAAAGAAAUGAUUUGAAUAUAUGCUACUUCUUCUCUGCCCCAUCAUUUAAUCUGAGGAGUUUAACUCUACUCGUGAUUAAAUAUACAUGGAUGUUCAGCUCGGCAUCGGGCAUUGCACGCAUUUCCCAGAAUUUUAUUUUUCGCAAUUAAAAUUGACGAACUUCUGUAGCAUCGUAAGUGGUGAAGAUUGUGAUGCCGUCACAUGGUUUUGCCUGCAAAGCCCAUAAUCAGUAUUGUCGUUGCGUUUUCUUCACUCCUUGAAUCCCCUUGUUAAUGCUUAAAGGGGGCGCAGAAAGAAAUUCUCACUUCUUCGAUUCAUUUAUUUCAAAUCAAAGGGCGGACAUGGAUUCCAGCUAUUCACUUUUCUUAUCCACUAUCUAUAACAAGAAGAUUCUGCAAAGUGGGCUUUGGCUUGUUUGGAUGUGUGGAUUCUUCUUGAUUGGUGUGUCCUUCUACGGCACUCAAAUGCUGAAAGAACAGAUCAAGAUCAAAAUCAAGAAACCGGGUGUUUCCGGUGUUGGCUUUGAUGAUUUAAGUAUCCCCAUUAUCACUAUCUUUACAGCCCCGAGGCCUUUUAUUGGAUCAAUCGGCGAAAGACAGAGUCUUGCUGUAAGAUCAUGGCUUGGAUUGUCAGAAAAUAUAAAUGUUGUUCUUUGCAGCCAAGACCCUUCUGUUUUCUCCUUUGCUGGUUCCAUUGGUUCAAGAAUCUCUGUGGAGACUAAGAUUGACUUCACGUUCAUGGGUACCCCCUUUUUCCAUUCAAUGGUUGCACGAUCUCUGUCAUCCUCAUCAGAUAUUUCUGUAUUGAUUGAUCCGGACACCAUUCUCUUGGCAGACCUUUUCUCCACUUUGAAAUAUGCUCACAAGCUUGAUGACGACUGGUUGCUCGUGGCUUCAUCACAAAACGUUUCCAGCUUCCCUUUUUGGUUACAGUCUGAUGGGAAGAGUUGGCUGGGAGGCGAUGGGAAACGUGCUGGGAUACAAAAGUUGCAGGCGUUUCUGGUUCAAGAAUCUUCGUCUAGGCCAUGUGGAGAAAAGAUGCUUAUAGCAUGGAACAAUGGAGAUCUGCCUCUUCAUAAGGGUGUCCUUCCCCCUUUCUUGUUUGGGAAGGGAGUUCACAACCAUUGGCUUAUCACCGAAGCCUUGAUCUCCGAUUUCAGACUCGUGAUUGAUGCAAGUGUUACUGUGUCGAGUUUCUACCUAAGUGAGCCUAAUCAAGUUUCAAGAAGCUGGGAACUAAAUGGGAAUUCCCUUCUUGGAAGGAAUUAUGGAUCCUUUUCUUUUCGUGAUCCUAAUUAUACUAAUUCUUUCAGAUUAUCUGUAUGUGGUGGGAACUAUCUGUUUACUAACACACAGCACAACACUGCAUAUUGGCCGGGAUACAAGAGACCACUCAACUUGAGAAAGAAGAGCAUCUUUUUAUCAACAGAAAAGGAGAUAUUGGAUUGCGUUCAAGUGGUGAAAUCAGUCCGAGGAAUUGAAGGGUGCUUGAAAAGGGAGGCGUUGAGUCUGCCGAAUGAAAUCACACUUGCAUUGUCCACAGAAUCUAUACUAUCAAUGCAGGCUGAUGAGAACAAGACAAUUAUAGUUGGAAUUGCUGGAUCUAGUUACAAGGACAUGCUGAUGAGCUGGGUGUGCAGGCUACGUUUCUUACAACUUCCCAACUUUUUGGUCUGUGCUCUCGAUGAUGAAAUCUAUGAUUUCUCAGUCUUGCAGGGCCUCCCAGUUAUCAAAUGUGCAUCUCCUCCAACCAACAUCAGCUUUGACGACUGCCAUUUCGGAACUGAAUGCUUUCAGAAAGUAACUAAAGUCAAGUCCAGAAUGGUUCUGCAAAUAUUAGAGCUUGGAUAUAAUGUUCUCUUGAGUGAUGUGGAUGUAUAUUGGUUCAAGAAUCCAUUGAAUUAUCUCACUUCUUUCGGUCCACGCGUUCUGGUCGCGCAGUCUGAUGAAUAUAAUGUGACAGGAGCAAUAAACUUGCCUCGUCGCCUUAAUUCUGGCUUCUACUAUGCUCAUUCAGACAGCACGACAAUUGCUGCGUUGGAGAAGGUGGUGAAGCACGCAGCCUACUCCAAUCUAUCCGAACAGCCAAGCUUCUACGAUACAUUAUGUGGUGAAGGUGGCUCCUACAGGUUAGGCGAUAACCAGUGCCUGGACCCAGAAACAAACCUAUUGGUUCAUUUCUUAGAUCGAGAUCUCUUCCCAAAUGGUGCAUACCGAGGUCUAUGGGAGGAAAAGGACACGAGGAAGGCCUGCGAGGAAAGGGGCUGUUUUGUCUUACACAACAACUGGAUAAGCGGAAGGAAGAAGAAGCUUGAAAGGCAGGUGUUGUCUGGGCUCUGGGAGUAUGACAUCAACAGUAGGAUGUGUGCGCAAAGCUGGUACACGACGAACCUCACGAGUUAUUUUUAAACAUGGUUGGAGUUCAUUCCUAUGUUUGAACAAUGAUAACUUAGUUUUUGACGUUGGACAUUAAGGAUAAUGCUAAAAAAGGAAAGACAGCCUAGAAAACUAAGAAAAACAUAGGUUUAGAGCUGAUUCUAUUGGUUGGAGAUGCUGGAGGGAUGUUUUCUUGUUUCCAGUCGAGCCCAGUCGUGCACGAUACGUGCAAGAGAAAGCAGGAGUUGAGAGAGGAAAAUCAUUCACAGAGUGAGAGCAGGCAAAUAAAGGAUAUCAUGGUGCGAAUAGUUCAUGCUGGUGGCCGAGUAGAAUUGUAUCAUACUCGAAUCCGUGCCUCUGAAAUGAUUCAGAAAUACCCAGGUUUCUGCAUCACUACUUCUCAAGUCUUCAAGCGUCCGCACGAAUCUAUCUUGACAGCAGACGACGUCUUGUUACCUGGCCGUAAAUAUUAUCUCAUGAGGUGUACCGCUGUGGAGAAGUUGAAACGCAGGCACUCAGCCAGAGGGACAACCACCGGAGAAAUUCAAGAUUUCGGAGAUGUUAGUUUCGAGGAAUCCAUCACUUCUGUUAAGGACUUGUUCGUUCCCCCUGCAGAUUUUGCAUCGAAGAAACAUGUAAAAGAGAAGAGACCAUUUGUUCCACCAAUCCAGAGGCCAAAGCUAUGGAAGGAACGUGACUGGGAGCCAAGCCUCAAUUCCAUACAAGAGCUAUCUCCAUGAACACAAAUCUUGUGCGUCUCUGUUUCCCCUAAUACUAUCUUAUAAUUAGAUUUCUCUAUGUUUAUUGAAGAGAUCCAAAUUGUUCCUGUUUGAUUAUGAUGUUUGAGUGUAAAAUUUGCUGGUUGAGAAAUAAUACUUGAUUAUCAUGAGAAACAA